CUUUUGGAAAGGAGCUGCCCUCAGUCCAUGUGCUGGUGUCAAGAUUUCAAGGUUCAGGUCCGUAGCCAUUUUGGCUCAAGCCAUGUUUGUCUCAAGCCAUUUUGGCUCAGGCUGUUUUGUCGCAAUGUAUUUGGGCGCACAGCUCUUUUGGGGCGAUUCAGGUCGGCCACUCGAGGGGCAUGGGCGCAUGAUCUGAGGUGAGCAAUGCAUUGACACCGCGAAUUUCGUUGAGAGUGCAAUGCUUCUUAGACGCUGCGCUAGCAGCCAAGGCAUGGGAGCUACACGAUUUGGGGAGGCAAUCUACGGCAGUGCUUGUUGCAUUCGCUCUCGAGAGCGUGCUUUGGUAAUCUCAGCAUCCAGAUGUGGCUUGCACGAGAAGCCAACUGAAACACAGAAAGCAUUCGUGAAUGCUGGAUUGCUCACCUUGUCUCCGAAUGUUAGAGGAUCCGUUUUAGAAGCAGCUACUCGGAAUAUCGUGCGCGAUAUGUAUCCUUGUGCCGCCAUCGAGGAUGCUGUGCCGGGAUUGUGCGUGAAUGGAUCGCAACGCUCGCAGCACAUGGCCAAGUACGAUUGGUUAAUGGAUGGGCGCCGGGUCGAAUGCAAAAGUGCAAGAUUGAGUUGGGAGUCUUUCAGCAAAACGUGGAGCUUCACUUUUCGUGGAAUCAAAGCUGCGCGCAUGGGCGUGCGCGCACAAAGCGCGUUCGAUGAGCUCAUCCUCUCUUUCUGCACCCCUCGCCGCUUGUACAUCUACAGGCACGAUGGCGCGUACUCCUUCAGCUCGGAUGGCGUUAAUACAGUUUGGAGGGGUGAUGUGAUUAGGCUUCGUGGGCCCAAGAACGAGGUAGAUUGGCAACUUGCACUUCGGAAUAUUCUUGCAAAGCUUGAUAGCAGUCGGAACGGGUGCGAGCGCCUUGCGGACGUGCCUUUAUGGGACGACCGAAUUUCAGAGGCAAUCCAGCAGGCGUCAUGUGUGAAACACCUUGCUUAUCUAGGCGUGCCUUUAAGCACACUGGAUCCAACUACACGUGCGCUCCGUAUCCAUUGUAUGAUGCGGGAAGUAGACACGAUGUUGCAUCCCAAAGCUUCGUUCACGGAUCCAGAGCUAUCUCAUUGCAUCGAUGGUCGCGCACGCGGGCAUGGGCAAAGUCGGCACGAAUACGCUUGGGUACGUGAUGGUCUGCGUGUUCAGUGCCGAUCAGCCGGGAUGACGUGGGACUUGGCGAACAAACGUUGGUAUGUUCGUUUCGCUCACAUGCGAUUUCAUCUCUUCGACGAGCUUUUGUUAGCUAUUUGGUCUCCUGCUGGAAUAUUCGUGCUGCAGCACAAUAUGAAGUUUGGAGUCGGUACAAGUGGAUCUGGCACAGCACUGGCAGGGCAUUGCAUAACCAUUAGGGCUCGUUGCAAUGAACAUGACUGUGUUCUUGCUUUGCAGUGCAUUUUGCAGAAGCUUGAUACUGCGAACUGUGCGCUUGUCGCCCAAGUAAUUUGGUCGUAAAUCGCUAGCUUCGGGAAUGACAA